UUUCUAGUUGAGAUUUUAUAGUGAGUAGAAUAAAGUUGAUAGCAAAAGGGUAAACAAACUUUCUCGCUAAGACAUUGAUUUGAUACUUUAAUUUCUUCAUUUUCGUGUACUUCAUUUUCGUGUUUGCUAUAAAAAUUCAAAUAGGUAAAUAGGGCCUCAUUUUAAUAAUGAAAUAUUGACCUGAAAUUUCCAAUGGAGAGUAGGAACAUAAGAAGUUAUUUGAUUUAAUGGUAGUGUGAGACGAGUUUACUUACGUGUCACUAUCUUUCAAUUUUGAUUCUAUAUUUGCGUUUCGAAAUAUGCAUUGAAUUGUAUACUAAAAUUGUAUCAACUUUGGCAAAUGAGGCUGACAGACACUUGCCGCAUGCACUGCAGUACCCGUAUGGCCACCUUACUUCCUUAGCUGAACACCAAGUUUGCUGAAACAUCAGCGGACAAUCGUGACGGAGGCGGCCGAACGCGACAGAAAAUUGAUCCCGUGAAUUGAAAUGAAACUUCUGUUUCCCUAGGGCAGAGAGAAAAUUUCUGAAAUAAAAUAAAUUGCUAUUACUUCUAUUAGUUACUCCUUAAUUUUCUAAGAAUCCUAUGAGAUCUGAUAUUGCAUCCAAAAUUUCGCUGUAUUAUAUUUUUUAAUUCGUGGGAACACGGAUUUUACUCCGCAAUGCGUGACGGCCGUCUCCCGUUUUGAUUUAUCGAACUCGUUGUACGCGAAAGUUGGAAGUUUUUGAAUACCGGUGACGCGCUGUAGUCUAGGUACUGUGAAAGGUAUAAACACUGUAGACGCACGAAUCAUCAGCUAGGGCAGUCCGGAUAUUGUAUCGGCUUUUGUGUCCAUUUAUUUCAGUAUUGCUCUCUUAGCGUAUUCUCUCAUUGCUGUUCCUAGCGUAUUGGUUUUGAAUCCCAUCUCCGGAUAUGGCCGAUCUUUUUAUAUGGUGAUGAAAAAUUGGAUCGAGAUCAAUUUUAUAUCGUGUUCCCUACGAUAUUACUUCAAGACGACACCAGAAAAAUACGAAAUGGAAGAUUCAGAAAAACCAGUUCAAGAAGAAAACGAAAAACAUACCAGAAAUCAGAACUUCGAUCGUCUGUACUCACAAGUAGGAUCAGAGGAAAUCUUCUACUCUGACGCCGAUGAUUUUGCAUACAAUUUAGCCGUGCAAUUUACCACUAACGAUGAGGAGGAGCGGUUACAAUAUCUGAGUCGUCUUGAAACUUGGAAAAAUAAGAAACAGUGCUAUGGAAAUGUUCGACGUUGGUUUAUCAUGUCCUUGGGAGGGUGUUUUGGUGCUUUAAGAGGGAGAUAUAAUUUGAACGCGGAAAUGAAGUUAAUACGCGAUGUUCUGAGUGGAGUGAUAACGGAAGCAGCCGCAAAAUCCGCGUCAAAAAAUGCUAUCAAAGCGAUUGCUCCUGAAGUUUCUGCUACCACAGUCCGAGAAACUGUGAAAUCUGCGGCUUUGAGUGCAAGUAAAGCAGCCGUCAAAAAAUCAUUGAAAUUUACAAAAACGUUCCAAUUUGGAUACUACUUUGCGUAUUUCGUAGCUGGAUGUGGACUUUCUGCAGCUGCUGUAAAAGGAUACACGGUGUGGAAACGUCGUCAUUCCAAAGAUAUACCAAGGAAACUUGAUUAAACUCGACGAAGAUUGACUAUUCGAUUACUAACGUUUCAGGGCUCAAUCAACAAUUAUUGUGUCUAGUAUGAAAAUUUAUGGCGCUUUCAACAGUUUUCAAGUCUUCAGUUAUUUGAUCUUCUAGGCAAAUUUUUUUGUCAAAAAAGUGAUACUAAAAUUGAUUGUAUUUUUGAUUUAACAUUGAAUCUCUUACGAAUCAAAAUGAAGAUAUUUUCACUUUGACGUAAAUUAUCAUUUCCGAUGAAUAUUCAAAAAGAAAACAAAUCUAGCCGUUCUUGAUAAUGACGUUGCAAUCCAAAUAUGAUUAUGAAGUGGGAUUCAAUGAAAAGUCCGAACCCUAAAUUGACCAUCCAAACUUCGUUGCUGAGACUUUAUUAUUGUAAUAAGGGAUCUAAUAUAAGUGUCUCUCCUUGCUCACAAUUUAAUUUUUUAGUAUGACCAUCAUUCCGAACAUUGGCUAAAUAAAAUAUGAAAAAUAGUUAUUUACAAAACACAAAGUCCAAAUGUUACUGCAGCGGGUAACAGCAGUGUAUUAAGUUGGUUGACAGGCGUUAUUAUAUGACGUCAUAAUUCUAGAAUGGAUCUCACUUCCUGUCUUCUGCUUUCAGCACGAGUUUAGUGCAUUAGUGUUGUCUUGUUGUAUAGUCCGGGUUUGGCUAAAUAAGAUUAUUUUAGUGCCUAAUUUGUUGUUCUGAAUUAUUAUGCAGAAAUAUAAGGUUAGG